AUGAGUGCCAACUCCGCCGCCAAUAUUGUGGUUCCGCAACCUAUCAACAAGGGUUCCCCAUGGUCGUCUUUGCGUGGGCAUGAACGUGUGUCAACUCCUCCCGCAUAUGCGUCCGAUCCCAAAUACAAAAAAUAUGCGCAACAAGUGGAGAAGUGCCUGAAUUCCUUUGACAGUGUGCAUGAGUGGGCGGACUUCAUUUCAUUCUUGAAGCAGCUAUUGAAGACAUUUGAAGCAUAUACGCAAUUUAAAGAGAUACCUCGGAAACUGAUUGUCGCAAAACGUCUCUCUCAAUGUCUCAAUCCUGCGUUACCAACUGGUGUCCACCAACGAGCAUUGGAUGUAUAUUCCCACGUAUUUGCAGUGCUUGGCACGGAGGGACUACACCGGGAUCUAGCGCUGUGGUCUUCUGGCUUAUUCCCCUUUUUCGAAUACGCUGCGACAUCCGUCAAGCCGACCUUGCUGAAUCUCUUCGACACCUACUAUCUCCCUUUGCAGGUGGAUUUACGCCCCAUCAUGAAAUCCUUUAUUCUUGCCUUGCUUCCAGGCCUGGAGGAAGACACUGGCGAGUACUUCGAUAAGGUUUUGGGUUUGCUGGAUCGUAUAUCUGGCGCUGUUUCGCAGUCAUUUUUCUUUCAAAACAUUUGGCUUGUGAUGCUCACAACACCUUCUGCACGAGGAACAUCACUCAAUUUCCUCUCCCGCCGAUUACCAACUCUGAAGGCAAAUGAAGGUAAGGCGAUAGACAUUGAGUUGCGUUUGAGAUGCCAGAGAUUUGACUCAUACAGGUGGACGGCAGAUAUCACUUUCAUUGUAGGUCGUGACGUCGGCUUAAUGAUACGGGCCUUUUCUUCUGCUCUCGAAGACGAAGAUUUGCUUGUUCGGAGAAGUGCUCUUGAUCUUCUGCUGCAAUCUCUCCGACUAGACGGAACUGCCGUGGGAUAUGCUCAGCCUGAGGAUCGUGUCAUUCUUAUGCGGGCAUCGUCCAGUGUUGUCCUGAGACGUGAUUUAUCCCUGAACCGCCGCCUCUACUCGUGGUUGCUCGGCCCAGAGGAGAACAAUCAGCGUCAAAUCGAAUACUUAAGAGCCAACGCACUUGAGCUACUGCGCUCAUCGCUCCGAGAAGAGAUGUUCAACCCUUCUAUUGACUACUCACCCUCUCGUCCCUUCAAAAUCUUCAUAUCCCUUCUGGAUAAAUGGGAGAUUGGGUCGCUGCUUACAGAGGUGCUGAUAUAUGAUGCCUUCAAAGCCAUCAGGAAAGCACUUGAAUCUGGACUUGAUGUUGGCGAUGACAUGAACAUGACUGCUCAUACGUUAUACGAGGCCGUUGAACCCCAUAUUUUAUGGAAGAUAUUGUUUUCAUCCGUGUAUCAUGAUCUCAUCUCGGAGUCUUCUAAUUCUGAGGGAUUAAGUAUGGUGAAAUAUAUACUCACCACGUUUCAUGGACAAGACCAAGAGAUUGAGACCGUUCAUUUACCUAUCGUGUUUACGGCUACUGUGGAGACGUUGCUGGUGCGUUUGUCGGAUAGUAGUGCGCCUCUUUCCAAAACAUCGGCACAAACCGUACUAUUGUUGCAGGGGGAAAUUCUGAGGCGUAUUCCCCAUACAACUAGUCUCCACGAUCGUCCCCAUUUUUCGGACGGUGUAUAUCUGACUUCGGCCAGCCAGGGUCCAUCGUCCUUUGCAUGUGCUGUCUAUGGUGUUCCUGCUGUGUUAAAGGCAAGAUCAAGAAAUUCUACUUCUGCUCCCUUUGCCACUUCAUUCGAGGAUCUUGUAGACCUGAUUAAUUUCAGUGCUAUCUCCUUCCUCAAGAGCACAGAUAAUUCGGAGCUGGAUCGUGAUAUCUUGAUACAGGCGCUGGCCCUGCUGGAUGACCUCAUCACUCGACCAGAUUUUACGCAAGGAUCUCCUGUUCUACUUGCUUGGGAUUCAACAGAAUGGUUAUCGAAUCUGCUUCAAUGUCUCAAUGCGGAGGCUACUACGUUCAGUUUAGUGGAUGCCGUUGUUUCUGUCGCGAUCAAGGUACAAAAUGCAACCGUGCUAGAGUCGAAACUGCUCAACCAUCGAAAAUCUGUAUCAAUCAUGACGAAUGCACUUCUCAAAUAUCUACGACUGACUUGGGCUGCCUACCACGCGCGUGUAGUCUCUCUCAUGUGGUCCCUGGAUCAAAUAAGCCAUGGUCGUCAGGUGGAGGCUGUCCUAUCCCAGCGACUGUCAUCUUGUGAUCCGAAGAACGUUGAAGACGCAUGCGAGGAAUUUGGAGUGCUCUGGAGAUUGACAGAUGACGACAUUGUACCGGGAUCUAGACUUAAGGUACCCAUGAUGAUUGUGCUCGAUACUCUGAAAAGUGCAGACCCUACCCUCCGGCGAGUUGGGGAAACAUGGAUGCGGUGCAGUCUGAAGUCUUAUUUGCGUGUGCUUGACCCUAUCCUACAUGAUCUCUUCACUCCCUCAAUACUGCGGUCGCCAUCGAUCAAGGAAGUAGAUGGAAAACAGCUACAGGGAUUCUCGUACGAUUGCCCCUUCGACCAGCGAUAUAUCAAUCACGUCUUAGAAACCCUAUUGUCCGUCGUCAAAUUUGGUGGGCAAGGGUUCAGCAAAACAGCUCGGACGACUGCUAUGAACCGUUCGCCUUAUGCUGAGCUUUUGCAGCGGCUGCAGAAUGUGGAUGCUACCUUUGUGGAUGCCACCUACAUGGAUGUCUUGCUACAUUUACUCUUAUUAUUUCUUCAGUCGGAACCCAAGCCCACCUUAGUCGAAGCUAUGGGUCCAUUUAACACGAUGGCUCAAUCGCUUUCCAUUGAUGUUCUGCAAGCACUGGUGGCCCGUGGAGAAGUGGAUUUCCCAGCACUCCAGACGAUUGAGUCGAUCGUCGUUAGGAAGCUUUACACGUCUGUGCAUGAUGGUCGACUGGACUUGCAAAACAAACUACUACAUCUUCUUCAUUCCGUGAUAUCUGCCUCGCAUUCAAAUCUCGAUGGUUCUUCUAGCAAGGGCAGAAGCGUCCGGCCUGCUCGAAAUAUAGAAACCACUCCCUUGACGGGCGAUGGACAAGGACCCAAGGCAGAAUCGUAUGCUAUCCACUCGCUGCUUGUUCCCUCAUUGCUGGAUGGGAUAUCGAGAUUCACGAACAGACCCGUCAUGCAGCAUUGGCUUGACUUCAUACUGAUGACCAUUCCCCAGUUCCAGGAAACUAUGCAACCUGUUAUUAUACCCCUUUGCGAGGGAAUCUGUCGCCAGCUGCGGAUAUCAGUCCGUGAGGUGCAACAAGCAUCCGCCGACGGUCUGACGAGUAGGGACGUGGUUUCGAUCACCACGGAUGCGGACUUCAUAAUGCUGCUCACUGCGCUGGAGAGGCUUGUACUGCUUACUCUCUCGCACGUCUCUGAUCCCAAUCCGGUGGAUGACGAACUUCCUUCCGAUAAACCCAACCAAGAGUCUAGUGGUCUUCUUGGCUAUGUGUCUAAUGUCUUCAGCUCAGAUACGUCUGCAGGUCCCGAAGAGCAGCCGCAGACCCGCAUGUCCGAUUACAAGAGCCUCUACGACGCAGUCGGGGUUCUGUACGCCCUGUGGGAUCUUCUAAGCGAACGGAAUCAGACACUUUGGCCGUUUUCUGUCUAUGGAAAAACGAGGGGCAGAUGUCGGAAAGUAUUGGAGCAUUUAUUUCGUGCGCAUGCUCCCGAGGUCAUAGAAUCUGUGGUUGCACACUGGCAGUCCGCAACGCCGGAGGACUUGGCUGCAUUCGAAAUUCAUAUCGACUCGGAUGACCUUUCUGUCGGAGCGGCCCAGAAAAUCGACGAUCAUCCCUCACUUAGACUCGAAGGGCCAUUAGCAGCGCAGGUAUGGGGUCGUUUUGUGCUGUUGGCUAAGGAUGUUUCUGCGUCGAUGCGAGAGUUUCGAUUACAAGUUUUCUCCACGUUGCGGUGCUUCACAAUUUUGGCUGACAAGUUGUCGCAAACGACUUCUGUAGAUGACCGCCGGUUGCGUAAGGAGCUUCAGGAAACUUAUAGCAAGCUUCUCGACUUGUGUACUUUAGCAAGCCGGCCAUAUGACCAAGGAUCGUGGAUCCGCAGACCUCAAAGGGAAAUAUUGGCUGGUAAUGGACGCGAGUCGCCCCUCACACGAGUUGUUUCCGACACGAAGCUAGAUGAGAAGAUGAACUCCAGUUCUACGUCACUUCCUGACUCAGUCAAGCCCUCUUAUGGCACGGACGCAGUCGAAAAGGUUAAUUUGUACAUUGCAUCAAGUGUGGUACCCAAUUUGCGGAAAUUCCUGUCGGAGGGUGACAAGAUCCUUGCUGUAUGCAAUACUAUUGUCUACAAUAUCGUCAGUCCGACUCUAAAGAGCAAGACGAGACCCCUCAAUGUCGAAGACAAUGUUUUGUGCAUUCUGCAAGAGAUGACCAGGAUUGGCGCCGCGAUCAAAGCAUGGCGCGGUCCAGUCACUGAUGCUUUCAAUGACAACCGGUGUUUCAAUUCUACUCCGGAUGCAGGGGGAAAAUGGCGAGUUAUGAUCAAAUCUCUUUUCGAUACAGAUAAGACUUCGUUAAGUGAGCUUCUUGGUAAAAUCACCACCGCACCGUCGGCGAAUAUAUUCACCAAUCGAGAAUAUGAAAUGCUGCUGCGUUCCUUGAACCUCCGCAGACUGUCAUAUGCGCUGUUAUCUGGAGAGAAAAAUCACUUUUUGACGCAAUUGCCCAGCAUUCAAGAGAAACUGGUGGAUACUCUACGGAAUGUCUCUGCACCUAUUGUCCAGAGCGAGGUCUAUCUAUGUGUGCGAGUGCUACUAUGUCGAUUAUCCCCUCAUAAUUUGUCAAGCUUCUGGCCAGUGAUACUCACCGAGCUCUAUCGCCUGUUCGAUCAAGCACUGACUAGCUUACCGUCUGAUGGCUCCGAGGAGUUGGGAUUGAUCCUUGCUGCAUGCAAGCUGCUGGACCUCUUAUUAGUCCUCCAAACAGAAGAAUUCCAGAUAUAUCAAUGGAUAUUCAUCACGGACACAGUUGAUGCGGUGUAUCGACCAGACGACUGGUUCCCAGAUGCUAUGCUUGAUCGCCUGGCGGAGGUUACGGGUAGUUUACCCAUUGCAGAGGAUACUACAAAUGGUCCGCAAGGUAGGCCUUCGACGCCAGUCGCGGAUGGCAGACCGAUGCGUCGGCCGAUGCUUCGAGCUCUUCGGCAGAUAGACAGUAUCCGCGACCUAAUACCGUUUUUCUCGGGUGCAAGUAUUGCAUCAUAUGAGAGUGUAUACAGUAGCGGUGGGAACAUUGAUUGGGAGGCAGUCGAGCAAGGGUUACUGGAAGACAUGUUUGACGGGAGGUAG